AUGUGUGGGGAAGGUGUGGCUAACCUUAGUUACCUUACACAGAAGAAAGGAAUGGGCAAACAGAACAUGCAAAAGUGGAGAUGGUCCGGUAGCCUAGGCACCUCCAUGAUGGGGAGCCUUAACGCAAGUAAGCUCUAUCUCUUGGCAUCCCGAUAUUACUAUCAGAAGCUUUGGAAAAGGGGAAAUCAGGAGAAGGUGUACACCACCAGAUAUGCACAUAGGCGCGCACGGGCGAUGUACCUCCUCCUCCUCCUCUUCACUGACUUAGGCGAUGAUUUUUUGGGGGCCUCAUUCUUCUUGGGGGCCAUUUGCCAGGUUUCCAGCCUAUCCAAGCAUUACACACAUACACAAACACAACCCACCAUUGACACUAGCACUGCAUAUCACAGCCAGCGGCUAUGGUAA